UGACGGCGCAAUCUGCAAUGUGUAGGAUAAAAGGUCUGCUCGCCAUAAAGGACCGCACGAAAAAUUGUGGCCUGCGCUGCCCUCAGACCGCAUCCCGAUCUCCACGACGAGAUUCUCUCUGGUAGAAAGUAAUGGCCUUUGCCUCUGCCGUCACGCCGCCAUCUCUGUUUCUGGUUCCAAGCAAACCCAUCGUCACGAACCCUAGAAAGUUUCCAGUGCCUGCUGUAACGGGCGGGCGAAGAUGUCUGUCGGUUGUCGUGAAGGCCAUUGGAGAUAGCUCCGAUACUUCCUCUGAUGCUAGCAUUGUGAAAGAUGUCCAGAAUGCUUGGAGCAACUAUGAAGAUCGAAUUGCCUUUGUUGGUCUAGGAUUUGCAGCCAUCGUUGCAGUUUGGGCCUCCGGUCAUCUAAUUGAGGCUGUUGACAAGCUUCCUCUAUUCCCAAGUGUGUUUGAAUUCAUUGGGAUAUUGUUUUCAUGGUGGUUUAUAUAUCGCUACCUUUUAUUUAAACCAGACAGGGAAGAACUGUCAAAAAUUAUCAAGAAUGCAAUAUCAACUGUUCUUGGCAAGUGAUGUGUCCUUUGAAGAACCAGCAUCUUGGAAGGCCAGAACUGAACUUGUAACAAAGCUCGACAACUUUUGGGUACUUAAGUUCUUUGUCCGAAUGUACUGAUAUGUGGGAAGUAUGUGUGACAUUGUAAUCAAUACAACUAGCCAAGUUAUCAUGUGUUGAUUGACCAAUUUUCGUUCUUCCCAUCUUA